UCUACAGGAGAAAGCCCUGCCUCCAGCUGUUUGCUUAGAAAUUCUAGGGACAAUUAGGAGUUGUGUUACACUUACCACGUUGGUGACCCACUUGAAUCAAAAUGCAACACUUCAAAAUGUGGCGUGCUGUUUUCCACAAAUUGUCCUCUAACCAGGGAUGUACUCCCAGGGAUGUACUCCCAGAUUCCGUGUGGUUUUUGAGCUGUUAGUUUUAAUAGGACGUGCAACCUCAUCUCUCUCCGCUCUCACAAUUUUUAAAAACAUGAUAUCGAUGAGUGAUAACAAAUAAGUGUUGCAUUCCCUUGUUUAGUGACCCCUAAAUUUAAUGCAUCACUCCCAAAUGUAGCUGACUCUUCUGCAGGUUGUCCUCUAACCAGGGAGGUAAAAUAUAUCUCCCAUUUCUGUUUUUUUGUUGUUGUGUCAGUUUCAACAGCACGUACAACCUAAUUUCCCACCUAAUCGAUAUCAGUGAUUUAUUGCUAUUUGUCAAAACAACAGUGUUUCUGGUGCUUGUGCAGUUUAUAAGGAGCUUGUUUUAAAAAUACAAGUAAUGUGAUUAUUGUGGCAGAUGUUUGUGUAUAUAGCACAUGUUAUGUUUAGGUUUUCAAUUUAUCCCCAAACUGUUCCUGCAUAUUGGUUAUUGAUUUGGACAUGUUAAAACUAUCCCACCAAGCAAAAUUAUAUUGAAAAGACGUUGACAAUAUGACUUUGCAAUCAAAUAUUUCAUAUUUACAUUUCAUGUAACAUUUGGUAGUGAUAUUUAUUCAUGCAACCAACAUGACAAUUUUUUGGUACAAUUAUAUUGACAUUGUUGCCCUGUUUUUAGAAUAUCAGGGUUAAUUCUCACAUGUGCCAAACCAAAUGUUCUAGAGCAUGAUAUUGGGGACUGGGCCCAGAUCCAACAACAUGCCUAUCUAGUGAACCCUGAAAAGAGAGAAAAGCUCCGCAGUGAGGUGGAAAGUUAUUACGGAUAUCGCAGUAGUUUCCUCCUGAAAUCAGUCCGUGGUUGAAGCUUCUUUCUGAAGAGAGCUUUUUUAAAAAAAUGAAUCAAUACAAGCAAACAAGAUCGUUUCCGGGGAUUGGUAUGUCAAAUACCUUACGAUUUGCCUGGACUGAAAAGGAGAUGGAGCCUUGGAGUAGAGAGACAUUUGGAAGGACCAUUUUGAUGGGAUGCCUCAGGAUAGAGGUGAAGGAAGUGCUCUGCCUUCAAGGGAACCCGAAUGAGAAGGCUUUCGAUGUGACGUUUCACAAAGAAGAAAAACAUGACGAAGUAAUGAAGAUGGCAAAGGAAGCGGAGAAAACGGGACCCCUGUGCCAUUAUGCGGUGACCAGCCUGGCGAAGAACAACCCGCAUGUGAAAGAUGAAGAGGUGAGGGCCUUUCUGGGGAGAUAUAUGGACAAUGUCUCCUCAGCGAGGUACCUCAGGGACUCCCUGGGUUUCUGGAACGGAAAGAGAGGUUUCCAGGCGUUACUCAGGGAGUCCCCGAAGAGUGUGGAUGGCUACCUCCAUCCUCCGGCGAUGUUCUCCCUGGGGGCUGACAGGGGAACACUCUACUAUGCACGUCAGCCCCCGUUCUGCAGGCGUUGUAUGGCCUAUGGCCAUAUCCUGGCCUCGUGCAGCACCAAGAGGUGUCGGUUUUGUGGGUCGGAAGAGCACGAGGCCAGGGAGUGUGACGAGCCCAAGGCUUGCCACGGGUGUGGCUCAAGAGCACACCUGUGGCGUGAUUGCCCGUCUCGUCACAGGUCAUACGCGUCUGCAGCUGGGGGAGGAGCGGGGGAUGGGGGGAGGAAAGAGAGGACGCAUGCGGAUUGUACGGAUGGCACAGGGGAAAGGACGGAGAAGGACGAAGAAGGAAGAAGGAAGAGGCGAAAAGAAAGAGGAGUGAAGAUGGAAAGAAGGAAAAAGAAGGAGAGAAGAAAAAGAAGGCGGAAGAACGGGAAGGAGCGGAGAAGAGGGAGAGUGGGACAGUGGUGCGAGAAGGAGUGGAAGAGGGAGCGGUGACAGUGACUGGGACGGAGGGA